GUAAGGAAAAAAGCACGAACACCUCAUACCGAACAACAGAGGACUUGGUUUAAAGGCGAAAAAAGGAAUCGCACAAUAUAAGUACUUGUGGUGAAUAUUUUAAGCAUCCUAUAUACAGAGAAUUACAGUGUGAAAGUGGGGGGGUUAUGUUUUUGUACCUUUUUCCGAGGCUUAACAGGGGCCAUUGGAAACCUAGCCUUGUGGAUGCGUUCUGGGAGCCCUUGACGGAUAUCUUUGCAGACUGUCUCCUCUACAAUGGCCUCUGAAUGUGAAAAGUGUCAAGGCGCUGAUUCUGACCCAGAGUGGGCUCUGUUUUAGCAUUUCUCUGGGCGCAUUAUAGAGACGCUGCACCUGUCCACCUCUGACAAUGCAAGCUUCAGCCUCGUUCCUUCUGCUGCUUUCCUGUUUGACAGGCAUAAGCAAAGAAGGUGAAGUCAUGAUGCCAUCAAGAAAUGGUGGGAACCAAACGCUUGGAUCUGCCCAAAGACAGAAAGUUGUAAAGUUGGGUCCUACAGGACAAAGGAUUGGGAUGGGAAAUGAAGAAAUGUCAGGCAUCACAAAGGCUUUAGGUGACAUAAAAACCACAACAGAGGGACCCUUAACAGAAGCCUUGACAGAGCCUUUACCUCCACUGUCAUUUCCAGAAGGGAUCGUGAGACUGGCUGGCUCAGGAACACUCAGUAAGAACUACAGAACUACUGACAAUCCAGCUUUGUCAGCCCCAAGCACAACACCAAACCCAACAUCACAGAAAGCAGACAAAGAAAAGCUCAAGACUCCUACUGAAUCGGUGGAUAACACCAUUCCAUCUCCUAAUGCAGAUCUAGAAGGUCUGACUCAACUGGCGAGGAGUACUGAGACAGAUGAUUCAGAAGAUGUUGUAGGUAAAACUGAUGGACCAAAAUAUUUGUCAGAAAGAACACGAACGCUGAAGUCACCGGAUUCCAAAGGGAGAGUUCUUCAAACAGAAAGAAGACAGUCUGUGGGGACAAGACAUUUUACAAAUGAGAAAGCAAAUGCCACUGUAUUACAAAUAUUACCCUCUCAAAACCUGAUACACAGGCCAGGAGGGUUUGCAGUAAAAACCAAACGUAAAUGGACCAAAGUUCUGGGUGUGAGAGAUUCCGAAAUGACGGGAGAAUCUGAGAAUCUCAGCAAAUCGACGGGGAAAAGUGAGUUAGAGAAAACAGCCGCAGAAGAAAUCACCCAAGUACUACCGACGGAACUGCCAGAUGAUCCAAUGAUGGAGACGAUGACAACAGGGACAGAGGGAGAAAUGGCAGUAUCAGGGGACAUGUCACAGAGCGAACCACAGGUGGCCCCAGGAGACCCCAAAAAAGAGAGGGACAUAAGAGGGAAGAUUGACACUAUGGAGCUACCUGGAGAUUUAGAUGGAACUGUGAGCGUUAUGGCAUUGCCAGAAAAGACAACAGAGUCCCCAGAAAGCCAAGGUCAUGUUUCAGGCAAUUUGCCACCAGGAAAUGCCGAUGUGGACAGAAGAAUACCCUCCAUAGCUGGACCUCCAGGGCCAAGGGGGCACCAGGGUCCUCCUGGAUUACUUGGACCACCUGGGCAAAAAGGAGACAAAGGAUACCCAGGAGUCAUGGGCCAAACAGGGCACACAGGCUACCGGGGUCCCAUUGGUCCUCCUGGAAUGCCCGCUAUCAUUGUGUGGAAGACCUCUGAAGAAGAGUGGCAGGCCUUUAAGAAUAAUACAUUUUACAGAAAGUUUGUUGCAGCUUGGCCGAGAAUGAAAGGCCCCCCGGGACAUUUCGGACCCCAGGGGGAUCCAGGGCCACCUGGGCCUCCAGGGGUACCUGGAAAACAGGGGAGCAAAGGAGAUGGAGGGAAAAUCGGGCCACCGGGACCCUCUGGAAUUCCAGGCCCGUCAGGUAGACCGGGCAGAGAUGGAAUCCCAGGAACCGAUGCUGUCGAAAGUCCUGCUGGACUGUCGGGAAUGAAGGGUCCGAGGGGCUUCAUGGGGGAGACAGGCAGCAAAGGGGAGCCGGGUGAGUGGGGUUACCAAGGAGAAAUGGGGCCACAAGGAGACAAAGGGACAAAAGGAGAGCAGGGGAAGAAGGGAGAGAGGGGCCUGCUCGGCAUUAUGGGAAACAUGGGGCUGCCUGGAGCUAGAGGCCCCCCAGGAUUUAUGGGAAAGCCUGGCAUCAUGGGCGACACUGGACCGCCUGGAUUCACCGGACCACCAGGACCUCCUGGAAUCAUGGGACCAAGAGGGAUAAGAGGAGUCCCAGGGGUCAGUGGGGCCCCGGGCCAGCCGGGAUUUCGAGGACCCAGGGGACCAGCUGGUCCUCCGGGGGAGCCCGGCUUGGAUGGAAUGGUCGGAUUUCCUGGAGUACAAGGGCCACAAGGCAAAUCGGGCGAGGAAGGUCCCCCCGGUAACAAAGGAGAUCAAGCAAGUGUUUUUCCACCCUAUAUAUUUUAAACUGCACCGAUUACAAUAGUGUAAGGUGUGAUGUGCUGGCAUUCUAUCCAGGGCAAUAUAGU